UAUUUUUUAAAAUCGAUCCCAGAAAAUCUAAGCUCCUGCGACCCUAUGGUGCACGCCUAACGAUUCCACGAUUUGAUUGUUGCACGACGCCAAACUUCGGAAACUUGUCGAUGCAAGUGAUAAGCCCUGUUGUGAUCGACGGUGAGGAACGGGAGACGGGAGUCUUUCGUUACCCGCAAACAUUUAUGUUACACGAUUUUUGCAACGCCAAUAUUUCUAUCGUUGCCAACCGCUAACAAUUUGAAUAUCGCAGAGUUACGUAAGGUAAUUGACUCUGCCGACGAAUGUAUUCGAGGCCUACUCGCGGUGAACUGUGACAGCCGCGAUGUGUGGCUAAUUUAUAUUUUGCUAUCCAAACUAGGACCGGAAAUCAAACAAGCUUGGGCAAACUGCAGUGUACCAUACAUUAUAUAUUCGCUUUUCUUUUUGCGCAUUGUGAUACUUUGGAGUCUUGUCAAAGACAGCACAAUAUAUACGCAUGUACUGCAUUCAAAGCCCUGGAUGUUGUAAAUCGCCGUACCUUUGCCAGGGAUACUAAGCUUUGUUUUAAUUGCCUAAGUCGAUCUCAUCAAGUCAAGAAUUGUAAUUCUUCGAACACUUGCCGUCAGUGCAAGGCUAAGCAUCACAAGCUUGUCCACCUGGAAGAGUCUAGAUCGAUUCCGUUGGCCUCCGCCUAUAUGUCUGCGGCUGAGGUUAAUAUAUUUCCUUCGAUUGAUCCUGAUGCUGGUAUGAAUACUGCUGCUGUCAGCCAUCAUACUGUGGAGAGGGCCAACAAUCAAGCCCUACUGCCAACUAUUCUCGCUAAUGUAAUUGACAUAUGUGACAACAAUACCUGAUAUAGGGUAUUGCUAGAUACUGGAUCAACAAUAACCGUGGUAGCUGAGUUUUUUAUGCAACGGAUUGGAAUUCCACGCACGCAUGCUCGCAUCUCAGUUGUUGGAUUAGGUGCUAACCCGGCUGGAGUUAGCCGAGGUCGCGCUAGCUUCACUUUGCUUUCAAGGACUACGAUUGCCGCAUUGGAGGUCUCUGGCCUAAUUAUGAGAUCUCUGACUUCUUUGAUUCCCGCUUAGCAUGACAAAUACACCGCUUUUGUCUGGACCAAAAUUCGCAACUUACCGUUAGCUGACCCGACGUUUGGAUCACCGGGAAAAAUCGACGUUAUAGUAGGCGCUGAUCAACUGUGGAACAUCUAUAAUGGACAUCGCCGAGAGUUUGGUAUUGAAUACCCCAUAGCACUACAUACUAAUUUUGGUUGGGUCAUUACAGGCAGUUAUAAUGAUUGUGGCGAACCAUUUACGAAAGCACAAGUUCACCACGCUUACGAAGAUUUGGAUUCCCUAGUUCGCUCUUUCAUGGACAUGGUACAGGUGCAUCCCCAGCCGAACCGUAAGGGAAUUCGACAGCAACCUUCGGCCUUGGCGAGGGCUCUGCAUGCCACUGCCAGAUUGGCGGCCAGUGUGAAUGCCUAUACGGCGGCGGCUACAGCCACAGCGGCAACCGGCGACUACGGCGAUUAUAUGCGCCUAAAUCCGAACCUCAGUCAAAUCCACCAACAGCCCCACAAGUCCCACCAGACCACCCAGCUGCCCGCUCACCAACUGGGGAAUCUCAGAGCGUGCAAUUUUCGUGGGUCGUCGCGGUACCUCCAUCACAGCCAGUUCAAUUCGAAUUCGCCGCAAACGAGACGCUUCAGUGCGCAGCGAGACGGCUCGCCAGCAUUCGCGGCUUCAGCGAUAGCAGCUUCAGCGGCAGCAGCUUCAGCAGUAGCACCAAUAGCAUCACUCGCACCACUAUCCUCCAUAGCAUCGUCCUCAUUGGUGGCACCGCCGCCCUUUCAGUUGCCUACCUACCAACAGAAUCAAUCCUACCGUUUUCAGCCGCGCGGACAUUACCGCACCGCCAGCAGCAGCAUGUCGCAGUCCGGCGAGGAUCUCUACUCGCCCACGUACCUAUCCUGGAGGAAACUUCAGCUGAGUCGGGCCAAGCUCAAGGCUUCCAAUAAGAUAUCAGCCCUGCUCUCGGGAUUUGCCAUGGUGGCAAUGGUGGAAGUGCAACUGGAUCCCGACACAAGUGUACCACCGGGGUUGCUGAUAGCCUUCGCCAUUUGCACCACCCUCCUGGUGGCGGUGCACAUGCUGGCCCUGAUGAUCAGCACCUGUAUCCUGCCAAACAUCGAGACGGUGUGUAAUCUGCACAGUAUUUCCCUGGUCCAUGAUUCUUCGCACGAGCGUCUGCAUUGGUAUAUUGAAACAGCGUGGACCUUCUCCACGCUACUGGGACUUAUAGUCUUCCUGCUAGAGAUAGCCAUCUUGUGUUGGGACGAGUCGUACAACAUCAUCUUGGGCAGGAUCAGAGGGUCCGUGUGGUCACCGUUAAAACUGCCAGAGGUCAAAGCGCCCCAUUACGAAUUUGUGCUUCCUUUGAACUGAACCGUCGUUCAGGGGGGCUGGUAUGUUGAAGAAUAGAUUGGUCAUUUAUCAUUAUUGUAUUAUUGUCAAAUCGCACCUAGUUAAAUGCUCAUCAUAGUAUUGCAGUAUCACGCGUUUUUCUGCAUUAUUUUUUCUGCAGGUUUUUUCGGCAGUUAUUGUAUAGUUUUUGACUCGCUCGCAACCGCUUGCAACCUGCCUCACUUAAUAUAUACAUAGUUUUUUUACUCGCUCGCAACCGCUUGCAUCCUGCAUCGCUUAAUAUAUUGUUUUCUACUCGCUCGCAACCUGUCCCGCUUAACAUUUUGUAAGCCCGCUUAUAAUUAAGAAAUAAACUCGAAUCCUAGGGAAAAGAAAUACAGUUCACUUAAUUCGCCAACAGUAGCAUAGUCCUAAAAUGUCCUUGAGAUAAUCUUCUCUCUUGGGACAUCUGUCGCUAGACCAAAUGCCUUUUUUUUAUCGGGGUAUCUUAGCAUGAUGUCGUCAGAUGCACAUAUGUUUCGAACCUUCUGAAACAUUUGUUUUUGGGUUUCAGAUAACUGUACCGGAAUGUUUAGUGAUAUAUGUCUACUAACUGUCGACAAACUGUUAAGAACUUUGACUUUUCUACCGACACUCUCAUGUUUACAUUUAAAACCCAAUCUACGUGUUUAAGUGAAAGUUUUCGAGCUCCGAGAAUAUAAUUCCGGCGUCAACGUAAACAAAGCUGAAUUUACCGAUCUGCUCUCGUAUGAUGUCAUCGAUGGUCCUCUGAGAAAUGCUGACUGCGAUUUUGAGCCCAAACGGAAGUCUUUUAAACUCAUAUUUACCAUUUCCUGAGAACGACGCUUUUUCUUUCUCGUUCUGUGAGCCUCAUUUGGAGAUAGCCAGACUUGAGGUUCAGCGUUGAGAAAUAUUUCGAGGAGCGCAGCCGUCUGACGUACACCUCGGAAUAUGGGGAUAGACCCAAGUUGAUUUAUAAAGAUACGAGGAAAAGUUAGUUUUGUGCUAAAUAGAUUAGUAACGAAAUUUUUAAAAUGUUAAGAAAAUAGUUAGGGGUAAUGUUUUAAAGAUUAUUGUAGUUCGAACAUAGUAACCCCUUCGGGUACUAUGUUCGUUGGGCAAAGUUCAAUGCUCUAAAGAUAGAGGAAUAUAAUUUCUAGAAAUCCUAAGUGGUACGUGGAUAUUCAGGCAACCUAAAAGGGCCAGAUUAUUAACUUUAUCCUUCAGAAGUCUAUUGACAAAGACGACACCAAGCAUCGUCCUAUGAUUAGUAAGGGAUGGCAAAUUAAUUAGUAAGAGUAUACCCUUAUAAGAGGGAAGGUGUAGGUUUGUAUCCCAGUUGAGGCCACGAAGAGCAAAUAUUAAAAAGUUCUUUUGGAUAUGUAACCAAUCACGAAUAGUGUAGAUUUCAGGCGAGAUGGAAAUGUAUGAAACUGAGCGCACGCGAGCGAUGAUCUGGCUGCUGCUUGUCGGCAAUGAGGGGAUGGUGAUCUUGAUGUAGAUUUCAGAUAUGCCUAUUUUUACUAAUACUUAAAUUCGCGUGAAAGGCACGCCAACUUAAACCGGAAGUAGAGAACUCAUACUACAGUAGGGGAGAGGAAAAUCGGUUUCUUUUAGUCCAAGUGUGGUUUCAGUAUACCUCCGAUGACUGAGCAGGUCUUUGGCCCGCCCUAACUAUGGCCAUCAUAUUCUUUUGUUUUUCCAUUUGUUAAUGAUCCCUUUUUAGGCCUACAUACCCCUCUCUACAUAAGUUUCAUGCUAACUGUGGCAAAAAAAUAGGAGGUCAGAACAUUAUAAAAAUAUU